AUGUUCCGCGCCACCAGGGAACAGGGGCGGCCGUCUUUAAGCCAGGAGGCUCAGGAAUCCGGGGCAGACUCUGACGACAGUGAGGCCCCAGACAAAGAAACAACUACUAACUACUUAAUAAUACAAGAACCACUUACCAAAACUGACCUCCGCCAGAUGUUACAAGACGCCUUGGCAGACAUAAAGGCGCACACGGCCGCAGAACUGGAGCGGCACAUAUCAGGUCUCAAAAGGGGAAAUUGA